UUUUGAGGUUGGGCUUCCCAGGUUAGACGAUUAUGCUGCUUCCUGUCACUCCUUCUCCUCCUCUGCGACCCCCAAACCUGAGCGGAGCCCAUCGGCUGCUCCUCCACCCCAAAUGGAAACGAUCCGCGCAGGGGAGAACCCUUGAACCCCUUGCGCUGUGCGGCAGAGGCCCUUCCUGGAUGCCAGAGCCAAAGGAACCAGCCGCCCCUUGACUCCCACCGACUCGAGCUCCUAGGAUCGAUCCUUGAUCGCUUCCGCACGGGUCUGGCCAGCCGGUUUCCUGUUACGAUCUCUAGGAAUGAGCCGCUGAUGGUCUGCCCAUAAGGACAAGAAUCGCCCCUGGAAGGGAAGAAAGCUGACUUCUCCAUCCAAGGAAGGGAGCCCGACGUCUUGUCCCCUUUUAAUCCUUUAACAUCUCUUUCUCUUCACGGAGGCUGCCCCAGUAACCACGGCCCUCUUUCUCGUCGUCGUUCCCCAAGACCAGCGGUUCCUAAACUGUGGUCUGCAGACCACCAGUGGUCCACAAGCUUCGUUCAGGUGGCCCAUGGUUAUGGAACUACAGGUGUGACCCAAGAGGGAGACUGUUCAGUUUCAGCAGAAUCCAAGCAAGAUGCCUCCAAAGAGAUCCAGAGGGAAAAUUCCUCAGACCUCAGGUCAGAAAAGAAAGCUGAAAGGCCAGAGGGCGUCAGAAGCACAGCAGCAGAACCUUCUCCUUGUAGAGGGGAAGCCUGCCCCCCCUGAUAAAAAGGUGAGGAAACGCAAAGGCAUCACUGCCCCACAGAGGACCUGCUCAGGAGAGAACCCUAACAUCUGCACUGAGUGUGGGCAGACCUUUGCACAGAGCUCAGAUCUGAUUAAUCACCAGAGAAUCCAUACGGGGGAGAAGCCUUAUAAAUGCUCCGACUGCGGGAAAAUGUUCAGUGUCAGUUCCAACCUGAGCAGGCACCAGAGAAUCCACACAGGCGAGAAGCCGUACCUUUGCUCUGAGUGUGGGAAAAGUUUCACUGACAAGUCAACCUUGGUUCAGCAUGUGCGAACCCACACUGGAGAGAAGCCCUACCAGUGUAUCGACUGUGGGAAAACCUUCAGCCGGAGCUCCCAUCACAAGCGGCAUUUGAAGAGUCCAUCAGGAAAACGGCAGGUCAAAUGCAGUCACCCAGAGAGUGCCACCACCAAUGCCUUGGCUUCUGGCAAAGCCAAAAAGACGAGAGCCUCUAAGAAGCAAAACUCUCCCUUUGAAAUCCCCCACACGUGUGCAGAGUGCUGGCAGAGCUUUAACCAGACCUCAGACCUAGUCAAGCACAUGCGCAUCCACACAGGUGAAAAGCCCUUUGAAUGUAACCACUGCGGGAAGUGCUUCAACGUCAGCUCCAACCUUAUCAGACACAAGAGAAUCCACACAGGGGAGAAGCCCUAUACCUGCUCUGACUGCGGGAAGAGCUUCACUGACAAGUCCACCCUCACCCAGCAUAACCGCAUCCACACAGGAGAGAAGCCCUAUACGUGCACUUACUGUGGGAAAAGCUUCAGCCGCAGCUCCCACCACAAGAGACACCAGCGGAUCCAUGCAGGAGAAAACCCAGUCUCUUUCCUGCCCUUGUGGCCUUACCCUAACCAAAUGUACUGACAUGGACUCACACUUGUAUGUCAUUUGGUGGAAUAGAAAUUUCAGGGGAUCUCGUUGUUGCUUCAGCUGGACAGAGAUCCCCUGAAAAUUCUAUCCCACCAAAUGACAUACAAGCACCCCCAGCUCUCAGAGUCAAAAUCUGUCUUGAGAAAUUUGGUGGAUGUGAUUGGAGCUCUCUAAUAAGGGCUUUCCUACUUCUCUUCUGCAAGUAACCUUCCCCUAUCUGGUCCUUUCUUUAAGUACUCUCUUUUAUUUAAUGUCAUCUAAGAUGUGCAUCCUAUAGAUUUUUUUAAAAAACUCAGUUAACAGAAAUAUUAUUGCAACGUAAUAAACAGUCACAAUGUA